AUGUCGAAGAAAGCAGUUGAUGUCGUGGAAGAGGUAGAAGAUGAGGGUGAGGAGAGCGACGAGUACGAGGUCGACGAGGACGACGACGACGACGAGUACGCCGAGGAGGAGGUCGAAGAGGAGGAGGGGGCGGAAGCUGGACCUAGCGGCAAGGACGGCCUGACAGCAUUACUGCUUGGUGGCAACGGAGCGGCAGCCGAAGAUGCUGAAGAGGACGAAGAUGAGGAGUACAGCGAGGAAGUCGAGGAAGUGGGUGCAAACGGUGCAGCCUCCGACCCUCCUUCAGUAUCCGGCGUAAAACGCGGUCGCGACGAGGACGAUGUCGAACCCGAGAUCAGGGCGGGUACUACGCCGGGUGGCGAGCUGGAGGGAGACUACGGGGAAGCGGAUGAGCUGGGCGGCGUAGUCGCCGCUUCCGCGACGAAGAAGGCCAGGACUGCUGCCACUGAGGACGAGCUGUGA